GUCAAGCUGAUAAAAUGCUGGUCGCGUAUAAUAAUAUUCUGUGAAACGGAUUGACUGAGGGAGUUAUCUUUGGAUUCUUAGCUACGGUUGGAAUUAAUAACAGCGACAUAGCGAUAGCCAAGGUACGAGAUAAGUUUGUAUACUUGUAUGAUGGUCGGGUGAUCAGAAUUCGGCAAACGUUUGAUAUCAGAUGUGACGAUAGAUUAGCAACAUUUGAACAGGCCUAUUUAAAACGUUUCCCAUUUGUUUUUCAAAAUGAUUUAGCCGUCGGUCUAAAAUUUACGAAUUGGAAUUACACUAACACAAAUCAAAUGUUAUUUCUCGCGAUGGGUGGUAGAAAACAACGAUUUCCUGUCAAAAUUCUGCUAUCUACGAAGAAAGUUGAUACUCGCACAUCAUUUGAAGAGUAAAUAAUGCUUCAGAUUUAAUAGGAAAGGGUUUUUGAUAUAUGUUGUCAGUGAUGAGGGUUGUUAUAGGCUAGCAAUUUGAAUAUAGCUAAUUCAAACGAAACUUUAAACCUUAAACUCUAACUCUCUAAGCACGAAAAGCACAAUGGUGGGAAUGCAUAGUCCGCCUUUAAGUAUUUCACUGCGGGCUAAAGGCCCAUUUCCACUCAGGCAAAUUUUCUGCAGAAGGAACAUUUUUUAAAAUGUGAUUGACCGACGCAAAUUUUCCGUCGGAAAAAUUUGAAGUUGAAAAUGUUCAACUUUUAACAAUGAUAUUUGCAGAAAAUUUUCCGUCCGUGGAAAUGUUUAGUUGAGUGGAAAUGGGCCUUAACCGUCUGCCACGCAGCUAUUAUUAAUUGUGAUUUUCGAGCUCCUUUUCUUGACUUAUGUAUAUUUAUACAGUUCAAGGGCUGGCUAGCACCAUUAUUUUAAAUCUUGAAAAAGUGAAUUAUCCAACAUUUCCAGUUAAAUUUUGCUCAAUUUUUUCAAUCUUUCAAUGUUACUGGUACGGUGCUGUCUUACGUGAAUAGAGACCCUGCAUACCUCAAUUUUCUAAAGGCCCUUCAAUCGCUUCGUUUGUUUUCUAUAAACGGGUAAGUUUAUUAUAUAAGUGUUAAAACGGCGUGAUUUAGGUGCCUCUGUGUUUUUUUAGAAGUACAAAGCGGUUAGCCCUUAUUCCCUAACAGUUGAAAGCCGGCUUUGUCAACUUAUCGCGUAAUUUGAAUUCCCCCAAUUUUGAGGGGUCUAUGCAGGAAUCAGAAUUUCUUACCUAUCCCUGGUUCGAGUAUUUCGGAUACAUUUCCUACGCUCUACGACUGUCUCUGGAACGGGAAAAUGCCAAGAACUGAUUCUGACAAAAAUUACGGUAAAUGUCAAAACUAAUAUAUAGUAUCAAUAAUCACAAUAUUGUUAUGAGUGUUAUUUGUUAUGACAGAUUUAUAUUACUAGAAUAUUUCAAUUGAUAGUUUAAAUUUGAAUAUAGUUACCGGCGUUUUAGUUUAUGUAUAAUAUCUUGUAGAAAUUUUUGGGGCCCGUUUUUGAUGUCUCUUUCCAUCACUGCAUCAGGGAAAAAUUAGAAUUUUGUCGGGGAAGAGCUAUGUUUUAUAGUAUGCUGUAGCAAGACAAUUGUAUUUUGCUGCACAGUAUCCUCAAGAUGCAGGAAACGCCGUUUCAGAUACUCAAACUCAGGCAGAACAAAAGUUUUAAAGGCUAAAGCCGUUGGCGUUGCAACUUAGUUAGAUCAGUGCUUAGUCCCCCUGUCGUGAUGCUGUUAGGUUUGCGGUAGGUUAUUCAAUGUCAAUAAUCCAGCUGUGUUUUCAAAAAAAGUCUUUAGAAUUUCUUAAACUUGGUGGGGGUCCAACGUGAGCGUCCCGCGAUUGCCUUAUUCUGCCAACUGCACCGCAUGCUGUUCUAGCACUGCGUUCACUGCGACGUUUACUACGUCCACGGCUAAAUAUGUGAUCGGGGUAUCGAUGACCGUCUGCCAUGCAGACGCAGGUUACAUAAGCAAUAACUUUUACUGGACCUCCAGGGAGAACAGUUUGAAAAUCCUGCAGUCUUUUGAAGAUUGAUGAAAAAUAUUUCAUUCAGAUUGCUUCAUGAAAGAGGGAAAUAUUAAGUUGUGACUAUAACCAAUGACACGGCCGCUUUAAAUUUUAGCUUAAAACAGUUAUCUUACAGCAGCUAUGGUUUUCUACAUUGCAUGCCAUGGGGGAACGAAAAAAAGGCAAUUCAUAACAAUUAGGUAAUAGAGAAUAAACAAUUAAAUGACCAUGACCUCGCAAUUAAUAAAAAGAAACUUUAAUUUAUAAAUACUGAAGUUUAAUCUUGGACUAGGUUAAACAAUCAAUGGACAAUUUUAAGAAACUUGAAAAAAUCGCUACGCGGGAAUAACCGGUCCCAGAUCUUUAAAAUUUAUUGUCAAAUCUGUGAUGUUUAUUAGGGUAUACGCGUAAAAAUGAACAAAACGAAUAUCCGGACAGGCUUGAACAAGAUCAAGGUUGUGCUUCACCCUUUAUAAUUAUAGAGAACAUGUUGUCAGCAAUGCCAAUGUUACAGUAUUGUUACAACUGGACAAUGCUGUAACAACAUUGUAAUGUCGACAACUUGUUCUUAGGGUGAAGCACAACCGGCUUUUAGUUGAUAUAUAGUGUGUAAUAUACUAGUUUCGAUGUAUGUUUAGAAACACAGUGUAACUAGAUUGUUCCCGCAAAACAGUAUGACAGCAACAGCCAAUGCAAGAUCUUUGUAUAGUUUGUUAAACAGUCGUGUUAUGAAAUAUCAUACGUUAAUUUCUUGCACGGGCAUGUUAAAUUAUAUGUAAGCAAAGUCAAGAUAAAAUGCUGGUCGAGUGUAAUAAUAUUCCGUAAAACGGAUUGACUGAGGGGGUUAUCUUUGGAUUCUUAGCUACGGUUGGAAUUAAUAACAGCGACAUAGCGAUAGUGAAGGUACGAGAUAAGUUUGUAUGGUCGAGUGAUCAGAAUUCGGCAAGCGUUUGAUAUCAGAUGUGACGAUAGAUUAGCAACAUUUGAACAGGCCUGUUUAAAACGUUUCAUAUUUGUUUGUUGAAAAUGAUUUUGCUGAACCGAUAGUCUAAAAUUUACGAAUUACAUUAUUCAUUAACACAAACCAAAUGUUAUUUCUCGCGAUGGGUGGUAGAAAACAGCUAUUUCCUGUCAAAAUUCUGUUAUCUACGGAGGAAGUUGAGCCGAGAAAAAUAAACUUAACACACAUUUGAUACUCGAACAUGAUCUGAAGAGUAAAUAAUGCUUUGGAUUAGGAAAUGUUUUCUGAUAUAGCUUGUAACAGAUAGGCAAUUUAAAUAUAACCGAAAACUAUAACUGAGGUUUUUUCAUGCUUCAUCGUUCUCUUUUGUAGGUUGAGAUAUUUUAAAAUACCAAAGAUCAUGCAUGGUUUUAUAUUACAUAUGAGGUAUCUCAACCACUGUCACAAAAUUAAGUCUAUAAAUCAGAAAUAAAACAUAUUUUGUUCGGAAUUAGAAUUCUUCAAUGCCAGGCAUCGCUAAUUAUAAAUUUGUUACACUUGUGCAUAAACAGUGUUGGGUAAUUCAAAUUCGGACCAUCGGCAAUUAAGCUUUAGCAAUUUUGUCGCAGUGGGUUACCAAGUUCCGGUUAAUUUCAUUAAACUGUAAAACAAACGUCUGUCGCUUUGAAGCUGUCAUUCAACGGCGAUACCGUCCAAUUAAAUUGAUCAAUUCAUACAAGUGUGAAAGCAUUCGCGAAACAUUUGCCAUUUCAAUUUUCAAACAGUCAGUUUGGUGAGAGUUAGUGAACAAUCUGUGUUGCCGGUGUCUAAUUUACAUAUCAUUGUUUGAACUUAUUAUUUAUAGUCUUUCGCAAGAAACGGAAGGAUGGCAAGGUUUGACUAUAUUACGCAGCAGAAUGUUUAUACAAAUAUGGCUUUUCAGCGCGUAGCAAGUGAAGCAGAAGAACAACAGACUUUAAGUUUUCAUCCUACCCUGUUUGUUGAUGGCGCAACAGCACAUCUUCAAGGUUUAAACGUAGUUGGUAGCGGCCCAACAGCAGCGCACGGCUAUCCUGUUGAUUUGAAUCAUACAGCGAGCUCAUCUCAAGUGGCAUAUACAAGCCCGCAGUCAAAUUACGCAGGUAUUCCUCCCUUUUCGUCGCUACUCACGGCAAGAGAUCUACUCCUGAGGAGAGAACAUCUCCCCGCAGCGCAACUUGCCAACAACACAGAACAAACAUUUCAUCAUGGACUACAAGCUUCGGUUAUCACAUCACCAUUUCAAAAUCAUGGCCUCAACCUCGCCAUUGCAAGCCAACUGGCGAACAAUUCAACACCACCAAACACACAGGAAGAGAACACUUCGUUCACAGCAUUGCGUCCCGUGAAUCAAGCAGAAAGACUCAACGGUACGGUCACAACAGAUGCGACAACUCAUGUCAACCUUCCUAGCCCAACAAUCAUGGUUUCAGCAGCGUCACAUGCAACUAGCAUCAACAAUAUGAAAUCUGUGAACGUUGUAAACUCUCAUGUCGAUACUCUUACAACAGGCGCAUUUACUCCCUACUUUAAACCACAAGAAAUCAAACAAGAAUUGGUCUGUCAGUGGUUGGUCACAAAAGGUAAAGUCGGUAGUUGUAUUUGCGGGUGUAAUUUCACUAACCUAGUUGAUCUUGUCAAACAUUUAUCAAACGAACAUGUAGCAAACCCCGAGAGUUCAAGCCAUGUUUGUCGUUGGGAUAAAUGUAGUCGUGAUGGUCGUGCAUUUAAAGCGAAAUAUAAACUGAUCAACCAUCUUCGUGUGCACACAGGAGAGCGACCAUUUUCAUGUCCGUAUCAAGAAUGCGGGAAACUUUUUGCGCGCUCGGAAAACCUCAAGAUACACAAAAGAAUACACACGGGCGAGAAACCUUUUGUUUGCGAAUUUGAAGGAUGUAGUCGACGCUUUGCCAACUCGAGCGAUCGCAAGAAACAUUCACAUGUCCAUACUUCGGAUAAACCGUACUCCUGUAAGAUUGGUGGGUGCGAGAAAAGUUAUACUCACCCAAGCUCGUUGCGCAAACAUAUGAAAGCUCACUUGGCCGUGAAGGAAGAGAAUAUGGUGGAAAAUACAUGUACGAUACUUCGUGGCGAGACAGAGGGAUUAUGUACGUCUCUGGCAGCAGGAGGUGCUUGGUAUUGCGCUGAGAAACCCGUGUCAUUAUCAGUUAGCGCAGCAGGAAACAAAUCGAACGGCAAUACAUCGCCAAAGAACCAACUUAGUCCAAUUGUAAAAAACAGAGUUUAGAGGGGACAAAGUCAACUGCGUUCAAUUUACACACUGUGAUUUGUCGGCCCGAUUUCAGACACACUUUUAUGAUAUUUGAGGUGAAUUUAAAGUCAUUUGACUAAAUCAUGAAAAUAUUCGUAUUUAAUAUUCGAGUGUCCAAUUGUGAAGUUGGUCCGAAAAAUCGGAGUGGGCAAACGUAGCUUAGAUAUUUACAGUCAUAGAGAGAUAACAUUCGUAAGUUAUUUAUUCUAUACAUGAGACAACGCUUCUUUCAGAGGGCGUUGUAUUUUGACUCACUUCACGCGCAUGUCAUGUGUUUUACUAAUACGUAGACUUAGUUGGCUCGAAUUGCGAGAACAUUUAAUAUCGUCUUAUACAUAAUAAACACGGAUCACCCACUUUGAAAUUUUUCUAGUUUUCACUUGCACGAAUAUUUUAGGGAAGACACAACAUGAUUUGUUAUCAUUUGGAAAUGGUGUCAUCGCAAGCAUGCACGUAACAUUAGACUCGUAUUACAAAGCAAAAUAUUUGAAAGAUGAAUGACUUGUAUGAUUUAUAUAAAACUUACUAAUGGAUGUGAAAGACAUUUGAAACAUUAUAU